AUGAGCCCCAUUAAAGGAAGAAAAAUUUCACUAUUAACAAUCUCUCAGGCGAGUAGUGGCGCUGGGGCAUCGGCGGUGGCAGCGACGCCGAACCUGAAUGCGGUGAGGGAGACCAUGGACGUUCUGCUUGAGAUUUCAAGAAUUUUAAAUACUGGCUUAUAUAUGGAGACUCUGUCUAUUUGGGUACGGCUUUGUGAACAAGGAAUUAACCCAGAAGCUUUAUCAUCAGUUAUGAAGGAAAUUCGCAAGGCUACUGAAGCACUAAAGGCUGCUGAAAACAAGACAAGCUGA